AUGGCGUGCAUUGCUUUGCAAGAAGCGCGGGCGAUGCUUUUUUCCCCUCUCAGGUGGAUGAAAGACGUUAAUGGUGUCUUGCUGUCUGUCAAAGAAGAUGGACGAGUGUGGAUGGUCCAAGGAACGUUAAAUAUUAGAAAGGUGGUCAAGACGGAUGCGGGGAAGUAUCAAUGUAUUGUCCGUAACAGCAUUGGAGAAAGGAGGAUUGAAAGUGCUCUUAUAGUAACAGCUCCGCUCUCCGUGAGUUUACUCCCACCACACCAAGUGCUCAACAUAGGACAGGAGGCAACAUUUACGUGCAAUGUUUCAGGGUAUCCAGUCCAUGGAGUGUCCUGGCGAAAGGACCAGAGGCAGAUAGUUGUAUCCAAUCGUGUCCAGCUCCUUUCCAGGGACGUCCUGCACAUAGCAUCACUCAGAAGAGAAGACCGUGGCAUGUAUCAGUGCUUCGUUUACAAUGACCAAGAUGGCGCUCAAGGAACUGCUGAACUUAAAAUAUCAGAUGUCCCACCUUCAAUUAUAUCCGUUUUCCCGGAACAAACCGCUCAUCCAGGAGAGACAAUCUCCCUAAAAUGCACAUCGUCUGGUAAUCCUAUACCUCGCGUUACUUGGUAUCUCGACGGUUCCGUUGUGGGAAGAAGUGCCAGAACUGCUCUAGGAGAUUACGUCACGGAACAUGGUCAUGUGAUAAGCUUCUUGAAUCUGACAGAAACAAGGCCAGAGGAUGGUGGAGAGUAUAAGUGUCACGUGGGCAAUGAUGUCGGCAGUACGUCACAUGCUGCUCGACUAAAUGUGUACGGACCUGUAUUUGUGAGACCUAUGCCUAAUAUAACUGCAAUAUCUGGCGAAGAUCUGACCGUGAGAUGUCCUUAUGGAGGUUACCCUAUCAAAGGGGUCCGAUGGAAUAAAGGUGGGAUCUUACUACCAUUGAAUCAUCGGCAAAAAGUCAGUCAUGGUGGCAUAUUAACGAUACAAAGUGUACAAAGAGCAGCAGAUGAAGGUGAAUAUAGUUGUACUGUUAGAAGCAUGGAUGGAUUAUCAGCUUCUGGUAAUACUCAUGUUUCUGUGGUAGUUUCACCAAUGAUCGAUCCGCAUUUCUUUCGUGAAAGUAAUACAGUAGACGAAGGAGCACGAACAAAGCUAGUGUGCAUUGUUACAAGAGGAGAUCCGCCUCUCAGGUUUCACUGGUUAAAGAACGGAUUACCAUUUCUGGCGCACGGAGAUACAACUGUCCAAACCACAGAAGAUUCUUCAAUAGUCACCUUCAAGAAAGUAACUUCUUCAGACAGAGGACUCUACACAUGUGUAUCAACAAAUGUAGCGUCUUCGGCGAAUAUGACGAUGCAGCUGGUAGUAAACGUGCCACCACAAUGGACCGUAGAACCUAAAAAUGCUACAGUCGUAUUAGGAAAUACUGUAUGGAUGGACUGUGCAGCUGUUGGGUUUCCAGCUCCCAGUAUUCUCUGGAAAAAAUUGAUUUAUACAGAAAACACCGCUGGUGAUUUCACGUAUGUGCAUUCAAGUCCAAGAGCUCAUCGUUACAAUAAUGGGACACUUGUCUUGUCCGACGCGGAAGAGAACGAUGCCGGAGCGUAUCUCUGUCAAGCCAAUAAUGGAAUUGGAGCCGGACUUAGUAAAAUAGUAUCCCUGCAAGUGCUAGUACCACCUCGCUUCAAGGACGCAUACCAGAGCAAAGCUACCAGGGAAGAACUGAACGUUACUUUGAAAUGCGAUGCUUCCGGCCACGCCCCAAUCACCAUUACUUGGCAUAAAAAUAAAACAGUUCUGGAAGCAAAAACAAAUCCCAGGUAUUUUAUCAGAAAUAUAUCGAAGAAACAUCAAACAAUUUCUGAACUGCAGAUACUGAACUCAAAUCGAAAUGAUACCGGAAAAUACACUUGCUCUGCAGUAAGUGAUAUUGGGACAGACGAAGCUAUUAUUCAAUUUGUUGUUCAAGGAUUACCAGAUUCUCCAUCUAAUGUAACAGUUGUCAACACGACAAGUCGAUCAGUAAGUUUAAUUUGGGAAGUGAAUCACAACGGAAACAGCCAUAUCACUGGAAGCAUUGUUCAAUAUCAGACAACAUCAGACAUGAACUGGAACGGACAAACAUCUCAACUGAUAGUUUCCGGUACAGACAACAGUGCAACGCUGCGAGCUCUGACACCUGUAACUCUUUAUUAUUUGAGGGUCAUAGCAGAGAAUGCAAUUGGUCAAAGCAACGCAAGUGCAGUAAUUAACGUGACAACCGAAGAAGAAGUACCUUCUGGAUCACCAAGGGACGUCCAAGUACAUUCAACCGGAGCGCAGUCUAUGAAAGUUUCUUGGAAGCCGCCUCCAGAAGAUACCCAGCAUGGUUUUAUAAAAGGGUAUUACAUUGGUUAUCGGUUGUCUUCUUCUACUGAAUCUUACACGUACAAACAAGUUGAACACCAAUCAAAUAAAGACGUACAGUCGACGUACAUAACAGGACUUCAACCAUUUACCAAAUAUGACAUUGUUAUAAAGGCGUACAAUUCAGCUGGUGCCGGUCCGAAAUCAAGCAGAAUUGUUGGGAAAACAUUAGAAACAGCACCUCCAACUUCUCCUGUAGUUCAGAUAGACGGUACAACAUCUUCAACUAUAGAAGUUAGUUGGAAAAAAGAUGUUAAAGACAAAUCAGCGGCACCUGAAUACACCCUUUUUUACAAACCCGAUGACGGUGAUUGGAAAUCUGUGCAACUUGAAAAUCAGAGCGAGCGUCACACAUUGACGAAUCUUCGGUGUGGGACUAGGUAUCAGCUUUACAUGACAGCGUCCAACAGUUUAGGAACAGGAGAACCAAGUCCACCUGUUUACACCAGGACUCUAGGAGCAGCUCCCAAGCCUCCUCUCAGUUCAGUAUUCCUUCAGCCAAAUGCGACUUCUAUUUUAUUGAACUUACUGGCGUGGGAAAACGGUGGAUGCCCGACCCGACAUUUUAUUGUUCAGCAUCACGCUAAGUAUCAAACUCAAUGGACUGUUUCCUCAGAGAAAUUGGAAAUGCCACGUGACCACUACGUCAUAAGAAAUCUAAUACCAGAUCGAGAUUAUGUUGUAAAGAUAUCAGCGCAUAGUGAGGCUGGUAUUACACAAGAGGAAUAUUCAGUUCGAACUUUAGCUGCAUCUUCCUCAGCUCCCACUUCUUCUCCAGCUUUCGGAAAACGGGAGACUGAUCUUCCAUUUUAUAAGAAUAUUGCCUUAGUUGUUCCUGUCGUGGUGUCUUCUUUGGUAAUCCUCGUGCUUUUGUUUGCCAUUGUGGUCUGUUUUAGGAAGCACUCUCAAGACCGAAGAGGAAGAAAUGACUAUGACAACCGGAAACCAUGUGGUGAUUCUUUAAUGAUGAGUGAUAUGGCGAAACAAAUUACCACAAAAUCAACAAAGUUUUCUCAUUAUACAUGUCCAGCAGGCAAAACUGAAUAUGCAGAGCCCUAUACAUGCAACGAUACAGUAUCCUCACGACAACAAUCAGAUGGGCUUUUCGCAACAAUAAAAAGGUGUCCUACAAGACCCAUUUAUAUGUCUGCACCUUAUAAGCCAGGUUCAGAAUCUCUUUGUAGUCAACACAGUGCAACCAAUGAAAGCACUCGAUCAGAACUCGUGUCUAGUGAAAAAUGGAGCAAUCCAAGAAAUAACAGCAAACCUCAACGGUGAUGAAAUCUAAUGCGAAAAUAAAUGCUUUCACCUUCACCGUCCUUUUACCCCA